UCAUCAUAUCAUCAUCAUCAUUUCCCAUCCAUCGAUCUUAAAUGGUAUGGUUGAAAGGUAAGAGAAAUUAAAAGUAUGAAAAAAGGACACCAAAUAUCACCAUUAUCGUCUUCUUCAUCUUUAUCGUCAUCUUCUUCUCCACCAACAUCUCCACUUCCGAUAAGCAUUGGACCAGGGCAGCGUAAGUACUCGCUAUCCUCAUCUCCUUCUCCGCCGUCAGCUUCGCCGCCAUUCUCUAUAAGCCAUGAUGCUUCUGAAGAAUAUGAAAUUGGUCCACUUCUGAAUAAUAAGCAAGGGAUAUCAUCACUCACUUCAUUUGGAAGAAAAAAUAGACCAGUUCCUACUCCAUUUUGGUUGGAUCAGGAUCAUCAUCAUGAUCAUCACUUGCAAUCCAACAAAAGCUCUUGUCUCAAAGACUUGUUAGAAUGGGUGGUGUUAAAAUGUUGUAAUUGCAACUCUUGGUCAGCAUGAGGACGACUGACCGGGGCAGGCAGGCAUGAUCAUUAAUUCAAACCAGACGGUCUUCUUUCUUUCUUUCUUAGCUACCAAUUAACCUAACAAACAAACAAAUAAUUGGAGACUCUAUUUGUGAAUACAUUUAAUUCAAUGCUCUCUUUUUUUUUUCUUGAUUUUUGUACACUAAUUGGGGAAGAGUUAAUUACUUUUCCACUAUUAGUUAUAAGAGAUAAUUAAGUACUACUGUUUUAUUAUUAUUAUUAUUAUAUAGUUAGAGUAUACAAAAUAU